UGUUUCAGAGAGCAACGUGUUACUGGUAUCAUCACGUUCUUGAUGAUUGGUCUGUCUGUUUUAAUGACUACGUUCUUGGGCCGAAUUCCAAUGCCAGUACUUUAUGGAGUGUUUCUUUAUAUGGGUAUAUCCGCAUUGGGCGGUAUUCAACUGUUUGAUCGUAUCUUGCUACUACUCAUGCCAAUGAAGUACCAACCUGACACCAUCUACAUCCGGCACGUGCCUAUAAAGAAGAUCCAUCUGUUUACAGCGUUUCAAGUAGGAUGUCUGGCCGUUUUAUGGACGGUUAAAUCAAUCAAAUCGACAUCUAUUUCCUUUCCGAUAAUGCUAGUGGUUAUGGUUGCCGUCCGGAAGUUGAUGGAGAAAUUCUUCACUGUGACAGACUUAAAGUACUUGGAUGAUCCAAUGCCUGACUUCCAUUUGAGGAAGAAAGAGGAUCUUAAGAGAAGACAGAGCGAAGUUCGAAUUUACAUCCGCAUCUUUUCUGUAGUUUCGCCCAUACAAGUGUAUGUUUAUCUUUAG